GCUAAUGCAAGUUUGUUAUAAUUUUAGACCAAGGAGAGAAAUGAUGUGCUUGCUGACUUCAUGGCCAAAGACACACCAAGCUAUGAAAGUCUGUUUAAAGAUGUGGUUGCCAUACUCAAGUUCUUCACAGCUAAACUGGAACAGGCACCCAGUUCCAAUCAGACUCGCCAGUCUAUACCACUCCUCCUGGAGGGGGUCUAUACUGUCAUCUCCAACUCACCAGUCUCCAUCAGGGAAUACAAACCUUUCCAGGAAGUCCUCUGGAAGUUCCUGUGUCCAUGCCUGAUAUCACUACUGGGCACUCCCAAGUCAGAGAGGAGUGCUGUCAUUCCCAAAUCUCUGGAGGAUUUAGGGAGAGGCUCCGGCUGUUCCCUAACUGCCCCAAACCUCCAGGUGUCCACUGCCAAGACCAUUUAUAGUAUUGCAGUUCGUCUAGUGGACCUGAUGGGCCCUGUGACAUCACUGCGACCAGUGCUGGAGUCCUUGUUCCACCGAAUGUUACUGUACCCACCCCCUCAGCACAGGCUGGAUGCACUUAAGGCUGUCAAGGAG